AAACCGGUCCAUAAUGCCUUGCGGUGUCCCAGUUCCGUUAGAAUGUAUGUACCAGGCUGAGCAUUAACAGAGCUGGAGGUCUCAGUGACCAGUGUAACUACCCUCUACCUGAAUCGGAAUCCAAGACUAUUAACUUUAUAGCGGCUGCUUUUAAAUAACGUCGCGGACAGACCGGACGACUGGAACUCUGGAACUAUUACAGUGCAGAUUUUAGGCUGCUGUAGUCGAGACGGUGAGAAGAAAUAUGUAGUCUUGCUGCUGCUUUCAUGCUCAAGAAGACCUUGGACACAAGCGAAGUGUAGUGGAACACUGUAGCGGGCUGACGGAAGUGUAUGGUGCACCUCGACACUGCAUCUGGAAGCAGAAUGCGCAAGAGAGCCCAGUCCGAAGCCCUGACCAUCACAGAGGUAUGACCUCACCCAGAUGAGAGCCAUGGAGCUGAAAGUGUGGGUGGACGGAGUCCAGCGGAUUGUCUGCGGGGUCACGGAAGUCACCACGUGUCAGGAGGUGGUGAUCGCACUGGCCCAGGCCAUAGGACGCACGGGGAGGUACACACUGAUCGAGAAAUGGCGGGAGACCGAGCGCCACCUGGCCCCGCACGAGAACCCGGUGGUGUCGCUCAACAAGUGGGGCCAGUACGCCAGCGAUGUCCAGCUGGUGCUUCAGCGCACAGGCCCGUCGCUGAGCGAGCGGCCCACCUCGGACGGCAUGGCGGGCCGCGUGCCCGAGCGCGGCCUCUAUCGCCAGAGCCUGCCGCCGCUGGCUGCUGCGGGCCGCCGGACACACACACACAUAGAAAGACUGACAUGUACAGACACAGACACACUGUCUUUCAUCAGGAAACUUGACUACUGGCUCGAACAGUCCAGCAAGAGGCUGCAGGAGAAGGAGCAGGAGCUGGAGCAGUUGACCAAGGAGCUGCGGCAGGUCAACCUCCAGCAGUUCAUCCAGCAGACGGGCACCAAAGUCACGGUGCUGCCGGCCGAGCCCACCGAAGAGGAGCCUGGCACAGACGGCGCUGACCCAGGCACUCUGAAGCGCCUGGGCUCCGGACGCCAGCUCCCCAACGACCUCCGCGCCCUGCAGAGCCCGCAUUCCUCCAGCUUCAACCCCGAGGGGAUCUACGUCUGACCCCUCCUCCGCCCCCCCCCCCUCCCAACCUCGCAAGGCCAAGAGACUCUGAAUGGGGGACAUUACAUGAGGGGAUCAACAAGAGUGUGUGUGUGUGUGUGUUUGGGUGGGUGUGGGGGGGUGUUGGGGUGAGGAAGGGAUGACUAGGGGAAAGUCAUGUGGGAUCCCUCUUUGAUGCGAUGGGGCCUCAUUUGAACAUGCUGAAUUUUAGGAAUGCGUACGUGUGUGUGUGUGUGCGUGUGUGCGUGUGUGUGUGUGUGUGUGAUCUGUGCCGUGGAGCCCACCAGUGAACCAGCCUUGAGCAGAGACUACCUAUCUUAUCCGGGCGAGAUUCAGCAUGAUCCAGCCUUUGGUUGUCCAGUUUUCAUCAGACCCAUCUCUGGAUUAGCCUCCGUAGCAUUGCUGGCCCGCGGAUGGCCGUCGUUGGAUCGGUGGCCAGGGGAGAGCCUCCCAACCUCCUGCUGGACCCUGGCUCAACAGCAUGUGAUCCACCACAAAAAAAGACUUCAGUACUCAUCAUGGUGACUAUUUGACGAUCCAAUGAAUGCUCUUGGAGUCAGACCAACCACAUUUGCUGAUCCUGGAUCAGAUUAAUCUUCAAGCAGUGUUGGGGUUAGCAAACCCCAAUCUUGUAUAAGCACUCCUGACACACAACAUACACUAUUAAAAAAACAUAUUAACAGGCUUCUGUCGCACAUUACGGUUGAUCUGAUGAAACCUUUAAGCAUAUCUUGUUUUUACACUAAGUAGUCAUUAUUCUACACCAUAAUAAUCAUUAUAAUCUGUGCAUGUAGAGUAUACAUGUCGCCUUAUAUUUUUCUGAGAUCAUGACUUUGCUGGGCGGUGUGGAGUGGUGAGAGGUGUCCUCAGACAUUGAAGGAGACCAGGACAGUAUUUCAUUUUUUUUUUUCUUUAUCAUGUUGAACUCGUGGCAGCUAAGUCCCCAAAGACCUCCGAUAAAGAUGUCAUUCUCACUAAAAUGGCUUAACCUCUCUCCUCUUUUGUUUUCGUUUUCUGUCUCUCUCUCUCUCUGUACACACACACACACACACACACACACACACACACACACACACACACACACCCACACGUACACUUCCAGGUCUUAGCAGCACAGACCACUCUUUGCGGAACACAUCAUCUUCAUACAUUUCUGCGGUUCUGCAUGAACAGAAGUGAAUACACAUUUAAUAUGUAUGCUCAGUAUUAUUGCUGUUUAAUCCUUUUUUUAGUAUGUUUAAUGUGUGUUGAGGUAACCACCCAAGCAUUUAGAAACUUCUCUUUGAUGGGUCGCAUUAUACUCUUAAAGGUUGCUUUUGUUCACAGUAUCAUUGAGACAUUCACCUUCAGAAUCUGUGGAUUCUGAGCUCAUAAAUGACAUAUACCAAAGCCAAUGAGUCAGACUGGGUAUUGUGCAGUACUAGACUGAAUGUAGCAGAGCUGAGGUUGUACAGUAGGUGGAAGUCAGCAACCACACAAGGUCCAUUAUUAUUGAAACUGCAUUUAAGUGUUGCUAAUAACUGGAUGGGAAAAUCCUUGUGGUGUUGUAGAGGGAUUUGAUUGAAUUUUACACGCACUCAUAUACGUACACACACGUUUACAAUUUAGCUCCUAAUGUUGGAUGACUGGAAAUGCCGACUAAUUUAGUUGCAGUGGAGCUACAUUUUUUAUUGCCAUGUUGUCCUCGGAACGAAAGAGACAGAGACAGUCUCAACUUUAGAGACCUCAUUUAACCUGAGUGGUGGGGAGUUUUUUGUUCAUUCUCAAACGGCUAGCCAGGCCAGCUCACCUACACUAACCAGUGGUCCUUAGUGUACUUGUGUCACCUGGUUGAUCUCCACAGAGGUGACGUGUGUUGUAGUGCCUCAUUAGUGCAGAGCUCAGCAGGCCAUAGAUGUGAGGCAGUGGAAAUCUUGUCCUUCUCUCCCCAUCCCUUGCACGAACAACUAUCUCUCACUUGAUGCAACAGGAGACUGACAGCAUGCCUUACUGAAAAAUAAUAUGUAAAUAACCAAUACAUAUCACUACUUAGUAAAGAAAAAUACAUAUUUUUAAUGUUAAAUAAUGCACAAUGCUUUUGUUGUAAAAUAUGUUAAUGAAUAGCUGAUAUGAACUAACUUUUUUAUUUUGUUUUGUUUUCAGAAGCUCUCUUGGGCAGUUAGCUCUGCAUGCACUGAUGGUUUUGAUUGAAGUCUUGAGUUGGAAGAGAUUGCUAAACAGUGUGUGUGUCUCUCUCUCUUUCUCUCUCUCUCUUUCUCUCUCUGUAUGUGUGCGUGUGUAUGUGUGUGUGUGUGCUCAAGUGUUUCUUUCUAGCCCUGUUAACGUGUAGUAUUCAGACUAUGCAGUGACAACACAGCAAGCUCUUUCUCAAUGCAGACAAAUCAUAGCCAAAAUUCUAUUGAAACCCACCUCCAGAGCAAACCAAACCCAAAUCCCAGAGCCGAGGCUAAUCUUCCUGCUGUCACGUGAAGUUGUGAAGUCCAAAAGAUACUAGAUACUAGUUGAAGGACAUGGCGGAUGGCUAUAUUAAUUCUGCCUCUUCUCAGAUGUACUGUAGAGUAGAUUCAAAUCAAAACCUUUGAAAUAACCUGAGUAGAAUCUACAGUAUAUAUUUUUAUAAAGUUAAACAUGUUUGACUUUGUCAAAAAUGUUCCAGUUAAAGAUCUUGCUUGUUCUGAAGCUAUAACUGAAAUGACAAGAGUCUUGUGCCUUUAAAAUGUGCUGGUGGUGACAGCAGAACCUCUUCCUUUGCCAUGUGUAAUUUCAAUGUAAAGGCAGUUAGCCCAUGCAGAGUAGUGUUUUGAUAUACUGAAGGUAAAAUGGGCAUUUGUUGAUUACCCUGAAUAGACACAGGGAAACAUUUCGAGAAACUUUCCCCCAAAAUCUGUUUCAAAGAAUAUGCACUGAUUUGUCAACAUCGAUUUUGAAGGAGUUUCUGUGUCCAUCUGGUUUUGAUGACGUGUGCUGUUGUAUUCUAGUCCCAAAGUGAUGACUUUCAAACAUCGCAAUAUUUUUGUGUUAGAUGUAGCAGUUCAAAUGAAAGAUGGGGAUUGGCACAACUUCCUAGAUAUGAAUUGCUUUAUGGAGCUAGCUAUGUUGUGCUUACUCUUGUCUGGGAGGGGAGGGGGGGAGCAUGUAUAGUGACUGAUCUAAUCAUCUGUCUUUAACUAAGUAUAUUAUAAAUCUGGUUACUUUGUGUGGUAAGAGUAAGCAAUAAGUUGCAUAUUGACUGAGAUGGAACCAACAUGAAGUGCCAAAUCAAUGCGCAAAACCUAAUUCUGUUCUCUUCACAAAUACUCCUGUUCACACAUAAAAGGAUUUUUAUCCAACUGCCAAACCCUUCUAGGUGGGUUUUGAAAUAUGAAAAAUGUCUGGCAAUUUUCUCAACCUGUGACAGAAUUUGAUGUACUGAGAUGUGUUCACACGCAGUGACAGUCAGGUCUCAAACAAUCUCUACCCUCGGUUUGUUUUUUAUUAUUUUGAUUUUUUUUAAUUGAUGUCAAAGCUUUGGUACAACACCAAACUCGUGUCUGUAAAUGCCUGGAAAAGUUAAGAUGUGGUGGUCCCACAUUGGUAGAACAGUAUAGCAAAUAUUUAUGGCAACGUUGUUAAAAGCUGCUGUAAUACUGUACAAUACAUAAUAAAUUUAGAACAGUGCUCAAUGUA